AUGGAUUGGACGCUGAUUAGCCUAGUAUUUCCAGAGCGUCUCCUCAUUUACAACGCCGGUACGAUCAAGACUUUGAUCAUCAGCUCUAUCAAGUUGACGGUGUUCUUCAUCUUCGCCGGCUCUUGCCUCAUCCUUGCCCCGGCUUUCUAUCAGGAUCCUGCCUCUCCGGCCUGGGUCCCUGUAGCAGUAAUUUGCUUCGGCGCGGCGCCCAUGCUGAUCACUGCAUAUGCGAGCGCGCCUUUCGUAAACUCCGCCUACCUCUUCGUCCCUCAAUAUGCGCGCAAAUCCGGUGACAUCCUGAUGCGGUAUGCUAAAAAUCUACCCCCCGAUGCCCGGCUCGAGCUCGUGACGAUCCGGAUGAGUGGCUUUCAGAAGUCGACGGGGGCGUUGCUUUCUGAACUCAGACCGUAUAAACCCCGUUUUGGCAUAGCGAACGUCGAGCGCGUGCCUAGCAAGUUUGACGAGUGGGCCACUACCGGGCGGCGUAGAUGGAUACGGUGGCUGGACGAACCGAGAAACAAAUUCCACGUCACUAACGACAAGGAUGUGAUGAAGAGGAGCAGGGCUCCUGGAGUCUGGAAUCAUGUAAUGGAGGCAAUCAAGAAGAAUGGUUGA